GUUCAGCUUUCCCCCAGAAGAAACAGCUGACUGCACAGGACAUAGCUGUUUGCUUCUCAGACCAUGAUGAAGUCAAUCCAGCUUUGCAUUCUACUCUGGUGCUGGAGAGUGAUCUGCUGCCAUAGCUGUGAAUUGACCAACAUCACCAUCUCAGUCGAGAAGGAAGAGUGCCGUUUCUGUAUAAGCAUCAACACCACUUGGUGUGCCGGCUACUGCUACACCCGGGAUCUGGUGUAUAAGGACCCAGCUAGACCCAACACCCAGAAAGUAUGUACCUUCAAGGAGCUGGUGUAUGAGACCAUAAAAUUGCCUGGCUGUGCCCGCCACUCAGACUCCCUCUACACAUAUCCAGUAGCCACUGAAUGUCACUGUGGCAAGUGUGACAGCGACAGCACUGACUGCACCGUGAGAGGCCUGGGACCCAGCUACUGCUCCUUCAGUGAAAUGAAAGAAUAAACAAGAAUGGACAAUGCCGUUUUCCCACCCUUGUUCUGAAGAACUAUGAUAUCCAAAAUGUCUAUGUCUGCUCUGUCCUGGGGAUGCAAACUACUGCCUUGGGGACCAUGAGACCCACUGUUGUCCUCUAUCCUGACAGAUAGAGAAGAAGAGCUCAGGACUGGGAGUGCCAGGGCCAGGACUCUAUGCCACUCAUCUCUCCAUCCAUACUGUUUGUUAUCUAAGUCAUUCACUCUCAACUCACAGCUUGGGGGUGGGGGAGGCUUUCCUCUUCAGCAAUCUUAGGAAUCUUUUAAAGCAGUCCCUUCCUUUUAGACAGGAAUGCAUGAGUCCAGAGAAAAGAAAGAAAGGUGGAAAUCUGUGAAAGAGCUAAACUUUUUAGAGUCUGCUUUUUAGAGUCAUUAGACUUUUAGGGACUCCAGCAUGAUUGCAAACUUAAAGCCUAAAAUCUACGAGGAAGUCAAUGAGAAACUCAACAGCUUCCUUAAGAAAAAGGCAAUACAUGCCUUAUGCGGGAAAUGCUGAUGUAGCUGGCUGAGGAGAGCUGGCCCUCACAAGGUUAGGCUACUCAACUCUUCUAAAGCGUGUGGAGUAUUAAGAUAGGAUCAAACAUCUGUAGAUUGUUCCCUGCAGAUGAGGACAGGAGGAAGUGACCAAGUUUAGAAUUUCCAAGGUAUUGUCACCAAGUUCUUUAGUUAAAGAAAAAGAAAAAAAUUAAUUUGGAACUGUGAAUAUUAGUCCACAUUUAUUCGUUACUUUAAGAAAUGAUCAAAUGCUGGUAGGGUACUGCAAAACUCCCUGAUCUCACCAGCUUUCCCUCGCAUGCAGCUAAGGAAGGUUUUGAAGUGGGUUUCAAAGAAAUUUCAGUGAUUAAUUAAAUACAUUUAGCUUGCCUACAAAUACACCUGUAUAAUUUAAUGGUUAUAUAAAAUGAACCAUGAAGGGAAACUGCUGUUUUCUAGGACCCCCUACUUAUCUUUUGCCUAUUCAUGUUCUCCUAAAUCUUUUGUUCCUUUCAAAUACAUCAUGAGUUGAAUUCUUUUAAAGAUGUUAACUCUUUUCAUCAUGUACUUAUUUCACAGUUAUGAUGCUUGAUUAAUUUAUUUAAAUCUUAUUUUUUUAAUAAAAACUCUACUAAUGAAAA